ACCAGCUACCCCCGACUAAAGCCCAUGUCAUCAUCAGAUUCUUCAGAUCCUGUCUGUUUUGCUCAGCUGGCAGUGGCACGAAGGGGCAACACCCCUGCUAGUAUGGGCCCUGCUGGGGGAGCAGGUCAUCAGUCCCACCUUGCAGGUUAGGCUCCCUAGGGUGACCUUGACCAGGGCCUUUGCAGACAGUCUGGGCCCAGAAGAUCCAACAGUUCCACCGGCUGCCUUGGUGAGGGGACUGAUCUGACCCUCCUGGACCAUCUCGAGAGGAGACAGAGUGACCGGACAAGAGGGAGCCCCAGUGAGUGUGGCGGCAUCCUGUGUGUUGAUUGGCCUUGGUCCUCACAGCUCCAAAAAGAAACAAGAUCUCGAUAAGCUCUAUGAGCUGAAGUCCAAAGCUCGGCAGAUUAUGAACCAGUUUGGCCCCUCAGCACUUAUCAACCUCUCCAAUUUUUCAUCCAUAAAACCAGAACCAGCCAGCACCCCUCCACAGGGCUCCAUGGCCAAUAGCACCACUGUGGUAAAGAUACCCGGCACUCCUGGGACAGGAGGUCGUCUUAGCCCUGAGAACAAUCAGGUUUUGACCAAGAAGAAGUUACAGGACUUAGUAAGAGAAGUGGAUCCUAAUGAACAGCUGGAUGAAGAUGUGGAGGAGAUGCUGCUGCAGAUCGCUGAUGACUUCAUCGAGAGUGUGGUGACAGCAGCCUGCCAGCUCGCUCGGCAUCGCAAGUCCAGCACCCUGGAGGUGAAGGACGUCCAGCUGCACCUGGAACGCCAGUGGAACAUGUGGAUCCCAGGAUUUGGCUCUGAAGAAAUCCGGCCCUACAAAAAAGCUUGCACCACAGAAGCACAUAAGCAGAGAAUGGCAUUGAUCCGGAAAACAACCAAGAAAUAACACACAGAAAGGUCAGGGUAUGGACCUGUCCAAUGUAUUUGGAGAUACUUGAGCUGAGACCUCAGCCAUCUCAUCCUUGGAGUUUGUUUGUUUUUUUUUAAAUGCUUUACAGAGAAGCAUAUAUUUUUUAUUAACAGUGCAGCAAUAUCUAUAAUGACUGAGAGGAUCUGCCAAAAGAAUAAAGCCUCCUACCCCUAACUUCCAGUCCCUUUUCCCUGCCGUCUCAAAGAGGAGCAGUAUAUCUUCCAGAGAAGAUUUUAUUUGUGGUUUAUUAUAUAAGUGAUUGAAUGUGGGACAAAGCAUUAUGGUCUUAUUGGGUGAGACAGUAUUAGGAUUUGUAGAGGGUUUUGUUUCCUCCUCCCUUCCCCUUUUCCCUGUACUUUGUAAUGUCAGUGUUUAUAUGAAUAUGAAUUUGAUUUGCUUUUCCA